AAAGGCGCAUUUUCACAACAAAAAGGAGGACAUGGAAAAUGGUGUCACUUGCUGUAAAAGCUACCAAGUGACUGAUAUCUUACAAGACUGACAAAUUUGCAAGAAAAAAAAAUGCCGGGUAGCAGCCUAUCCGAUUAUCAUUUUCUCAAUUAAAUUCAAAAGAAGACUUGCAGGAGCAGGAGCAGGAGCAGGAACAAUCUUUCUGCUCUCCGGUGAGGCUCAGUGUACAAAUUGAAUUAACAAAUUUAGCCGGUGUGCUGGCAACCCUAGCUCCGCAUUUGACAAUUUAUAUAAUUUAAACUUAGAAUAUACCAGAGAUUAAGAAUCCAAAUCCUCUCCCAGGAAUCUGACAAGGUUCCAAUCUUUUGGAGUAGUCUUCCCUUUCCUCUAUUUCUUGGCACCCAGCGUCUGAAACGAUGAGCAAAUGUGGGCCAAUAAUCAGCUUUCAUUAUUAACAGUGCAGAAUAAGUGGGGUUGAAAUUUUCCUUUUUUUGGAUAGAAAAAGUCAUGCGAGAUAGUGACUCUCUAGGUCCGAUUCCAUUCAAAGACUUGUAACAUAUGGGGCUAAAGCAACUAAUAUCUGGAGAAUAAAUCUUGGACUGAAGUUCAAGUUGAUAUGUGUUUAUUUGUCUAGAACCAGGCAGAAAGGAAGAGAAAGGUUGCGCAAAGAUGGGGACUCUGCUGCCUUUUGUGGGAAUGAUAAUGGUAAUUUUGGCUCAAGUUAGCAGCAUGGUACUAACCAAAGCAGCAAUGUCAAGUGGGGUUAACAAAUAUGUUCUGAUUGUCUACUCUAAUGUCCUCUCCAGCCUUAUUCUUCUUCCGUGCUCUUUCAUAUUCCACAGAUCGAUGCAUCUUCCAUUGAACUCCUCCAAUCUCUACAGAUUAAUCUUUUUGCUUGCCUUGAUUGGAUCCGCUGGCCAGCUAUGCGGAUAUGCUGGUAUACAGUACAGUUCUCCUGCUUUGGCAACAGCCAUGCUCAAUCUUGUUCCAGCUUUUACAUUCAUACUUGCCAUCAUUUGCAGGAUGGAAAGCCUGGAAUGGAGAAACACAAGCAGCCACUCAAAGGUCUUAGGAACCGUAAUCUCUAUAACAGGGGCAUUUUUUGUGACAUUAUACAAGGGGCCAACUAUUCUCAGUACACAAUUACUAGUUGUGCUGCCUCAUCAGCUUCUUGCCUCUCCACAAUUAAACUGGGUCUUUGGAGGGCUUCUUCUUGCAGCUGAAGCUCUUCUAAAUUCUGCCUGGUAUAUAAUACAGACAUUGGUACUUAAAAAGUUCCCAGCAGUACUCACUGUCAUGUUUUAUCUUUGCUCCUUUAACGCCAUUCUGUCCACAAUAUAUUCUUUGAUUCUGGUUAGAGACCCUAGUGCUUGGAAACUCAGACCUGGUAUAGGGCUUGCUGCUAUUUUAUACUCAGCAAUAGUUGCAACUACCUUCCGUAUCAGCUUGUGUUCAUGGUGCCUAUGGAAAGUAGGACCUCUCUAUGUUUCCAUGUUCAAGCCCUUGGCCAUUAUCUUUGCAGCUGUUAUGGGCAUCGUCUUCUUAGGAGACGCUGUUUCUCUUGGAAGUCUGAUUGGUGCAGUCAUAAUUGUGAUUGGGUUUUACGCUGUGCUAUGGGGAAAAGCUAAGGAGGAGACGAUGAGGGAGGACAAUGGAGUGGAGAGUUUAAAUCCACCAAGCGAAAAGCUCCCUCUGUUGCAAAACAGAACACAAGACGUAAGGUCUUCUGUAUAGACUUACUAUAAAUUGAUGAAAAAUGAAAAUUGUAAACCCAACCAAUCAACACUAUUCUAGAAUUAAUCAAGGUAGCAAAUUCCUUGUGUUAAAGUUAUUUGGUUCCAAUUAUACAAGGGGCACUGCCACUAUUUGUUGUAGCAUUUUGUUUCGAACCAUUUGUAAAGGGUUUCUUUCUGAUGUGAGAGAGGAGGUGUUAUAAAUAAGUACAAAGAUAUAUUGGAGUUGGCGAAGAGAAAAAUUGAAAUAGUUCUUCAAAUCUUGAGUAUUGUGGUAAGGAG